UACAUGCAUCUGUUUCUGUUUACAUCAUGUAUUACAGCUUUAUACUGUACUGUUAAAAGAGUUGCUGUUGCAGAGGAUUGCAGACAGUUGGAAGGUUCAGAAUGAGACUAUUUACUCUGACCACUAGAUGGAAAACUAGUUCACAGAGUGUCAGAUUGUGUCCAGUCUAAUAAUCCCUAGCCGCACGACGUCUUGAUGAGAACGAACAGUGAAGUGAUGCUGCAGCAGCCACACAGGACAUUGAAGAGAAGAAGAAGAAGGAGGCGGCAGUGAGACUUGGACAGACGGAGUGAGACGAGUGCGGCAGUCUGAUUCAGAUGCUGAUAGGACGGUUGACUAUGGUGACUCUGGGGACAUCAGUGGUGCUUCUUCUCCACCUGGCUUCAUGCCUGGCCGCCCCUGUGCCAUGUGAGGUGGAGGUGGUCCAUCUGGAAGCGGAGAUCCAGCGUCUGGUGAGCGUGAUCAACGACCAGCACCGAUACAUCCAGGGGCUCCACAACAGCCAGGCCCAGCAGCUGGAACACAUACCCAGCUCCCACCUGGGCCCUGAGAACCGGCACAGAGACUGUUCCGAGGUGUUUGCAGACGGCAACUUGUCCAACGGGCUCUAUGUGAUCCGUCCAGACGGCUCUCCCACCGCACUGACUGUUUACUGUGACAUGAGCAACGGAGGAGGAUGGACGGUUUUCCAGAGGAGGAGAAACGGCAAAGAGAGCUUUGACAGAGCGUGGGUGGAGUACAAGCAGGGCUUCGGAGACCUCUACUCCCCCGAUGGAGAAUUCUGGCUGGGCAAUGAACCUCUACACCAUCUCACCUCCCAAGGAAACUACGACAUGCGCAUCGACAUGGAGGACUUUGAGGGCAAUCAGCGCUUUGCAGAGUACAAGAACUUCAAAGUGGACAACGAAAAGGACCAGUACCAGUUACAUUUGGGAGAGUACACUGGGAAUGCAGGGGACGCCCUGGCUGGUGUUUACGCACCCACCAGUCCAGGUUUGGGGUCAGGCGGCGCCAAAUUCAGUACCUUUGAUCAGCUGAACAAGGGCGAUGAGGUAAACGGCGACGCCCAGUGUCUCAGACACAGCAAGUCCGGCUGGUGGUUCAGCAGGUGUGAUUCAGGCAAUCUGAACGGUCAUUACUAUAAUGGGCCGUACCAAGCCAUGACAGACGACGGGGUUGUGUGGUACACGUGGCACGGUUGGUGGUACUCCAUCAAAUCUGUGGUCAUGAUGGUGCGAGCCGCCGACCUUGAGCAUCCGCCGCUGGUCAUCGCCCCGCCGCUGGGGCAACUCGACAGCAAAGCGACAGGCGGCGAUGUCGAUCCCCCCUCGUGGUCGAUAGGUUGAAAACGAGUGUGGUAGCAACGUGUUUUCAUUUCUAU